AUGAGAGAAAUCAACCAAACAAGGUCACAGCUUCAUCAUCAUAAUUGGAUCCGGUGUGGUUGCUCUGCUUCACCAGGGCACCCCGAUUCACCACAUUUCAGUCGCCCACCCCCCACCUCGAUAGCUUGCUGCUUGCCCGCAUCUUUCCUCGCCCCUCUCACCCGCGGGGGACAUGAAGCAAGCCAGCCGCUCGAGUUGACCCCACUAACCCCACCAAGCGAUCGACCAACCCCUCUUUCGUACAACCCUUACCUCCUCGCCGCGCCGCACCCACCAUCCCUGUUCACCCGGGAUAACCAGCGGCUUCCGUGA